CGUCGUCUCGUCGCGAAUCCCAUCCCUCGCUCCCUUUCCCCUCCCCUCACCCCGCCCGUCGCCUCGACCGGCCAGGCCAUAUAUACCGCCCGCUGCCGCCGGAAGAAGCCUCUGUUUCCUCUCUGCUCCCAACCGCGUCCGUCCUCAAGCUUUCCUCCCACCUCCCUCCCUCUUCACGUGAACCGCUCCACGCCCACACCAUCUUCGCCUCCGCCCGCCCGCCCGUCCGUGAGCCGCGCCGGCGCGUGACUCCCUUCCUCCUCCGCCACCGCCUGCCUCUUUCUCGUGCUUCAUCCACCAUCCAACGCCAACAGCAAUAAUCCCCGUCUCUGAGCCGCCAGCCCACCAUUUCUUCCGCGGCCUGCCGGAAUUUGGAAUCCUUCCUUGUUAUUUUGGUGCCUUUGUUUGGCUCGAGCGGCGGAACCAGCCGGGCAGCCGGGCGGCCAUGAAGUUCACCAAGAGGUACGAGACGUACAUGCGGGGGAUCAGGAGGACGGCGGAGCAGGAGCUCCCCGCCGUGGGGCUCAAGCGCCUCAAGAAGAUGCUCAAGAAAUGCCGCUCCCACCGCACCCCGCACCACAAAACCGGCGCCUCCUCCCCGUCCUCCUCCUCCGACGCCGCCGCAGCCCGGUGCACCGGCCAUUGCUCCGUGUGUGAUGGCAGCUUCUUCCCGUCCCUUCUCGACGAGAUGUCAGCCGUCGUAGGCUGCUUCAACGAGAAGGCCAAGAAGCUCCUCGAACUGCACUUGGCGUCGGGGUUCAAGAAAUACGUCAUGUGGUUCAGCAACAGGCGUCACAAGAACCAUGGGCAGUUAAUACAGCAAGGCAAAGACUUGGUCACGUAUGCGAUUAUAAACGCCGUGGCUAUGAGGAAGAUCCUCAAGAAGUAUGACAAGAUACACUAUUCGAAGCAAGGACAGGAGUUCAAAGCUCAGGCCCAGAGCCUGCACAUUGAGAUACUUCAGUCCCCAUGGCUAUCUGAGCUAAUGGCUUUCUACAUGAACCUGAGAAGAAGCAAGAACAACGAGACUGCGAUGGAGCUCUUUGGUGACUGCUCGCUCACAUUUGAUGACGACCAGCCAACGCUCUCAUGCAACCUCUUUGACUCUAUGCGCGUUGACAUCAGCUUGACAUGUUCAAUUUGCUUGGACCCAAUGUUUGAUCCGGUCUCGCUUUCCUGUGGCCACAUAUUUUGCUACUUGUGCUGCUGCUCUGCUGCAUCGGUGACGAUUGUCGAUGGGUUGAAGUCCGCAGAUCACAGAUCAAAGUGCCCUUUGUGCCGACAGGCUGGGGUCUUUCCUGAUGCUGUGCACUUGGACGAGCUGAACAUGCUACUUAGCUAUAGUUGUCCGGAGUACUGGGAGAAGAGAAUGCAGAUGGAGCGAGUUGAACGUGUUCGUCUGGCUAAGGAGCAUUGGGAGUCCCAGUGCAGAGCAUUCUUGGGCGUCUGAUGGAACAUGUAGAUUUCGUACAAAAAUGGGAUUUCCCAUUGUUGUUGGUUAGAUCUUCAUUUGGCAUGACUGUAAUAUAGUUGGAUCUAUCCUGCUGAAUGAAUUGGUCUGUAAUUGGGAGGUCACUUGUGUGCCAAGAUGUAAAAAGGGGCAAACUUGUAGUGAUUAUCUGAAUGUAAAAAUUCCAAGUAUAUUUAUAAUUAAUCUGGCUUGUUUAGGUUUGGGAUUUUUCA